GGCAGUGGUCCCUCUCUCUAAAAGGCUCUUUCCCUUUGUCCCCGCAGAAUGCCUGAAAGGAGAAUGGCUGCUGAGAACUCCUCGGUGACUGAGUUUAUCCUCGCAGGCUUAACGGACGAGCCGGGGUUCCAGCUGCCCCUCUUCUUCCUGUUCCUGGGUUUCUACUUGGUCACCGUAGUGGGGAACCUGGGCUUGAUCACCCUGAUCGGGCUGAACUCUCACCUGCACACCCCUAUGUACUUUUUCCUCUAUAAUUUGUCCUUCAUAGAUUUCUGCUAUUCCAGUGUUAUCUCCCCCAAAAUGCUGAUGAGUUUUGUCUCAAAGAAGAAUAUCAUCUCCUAUGCUGGCUGCAUGACUCAGCUCUUUUUCUUUCUUUUCUUUGUAGUCUCUGAGUCCUUCAUCCUGUCGGCAAUGGCUUAUGACCGCUAUGUGGCCAUCUGUAACCCGCUGAUGUACGCAGUCACCAUGUCUCCCCAGGCGUGUUUGCUGCUUUUGUUAGGUGUCUAUGGGAUGGGGUUUGCUGGGGCCAUGGCCCACACUGCAUGCAUGGUGAGACUGACCUUCUGUGCCAGUAACCUCAUCAACCACUACAUGUGCGACAUCCUUCCCCUUCUCGAGCGCUCCUGCACCAGCACCUCUGUGAACGAGCUGGUAGUUUUUGUUGUCGUGGGCAUUGAUAUCGGGGUGCCCACAGUUGCCAUCUUCAUUUCUUACGCCCUCAUCCUCUCCAGCAUCUUCCGCAUUCGUUCUGCCGAAGGCAGGUCCAAAGCCUUCAGCACCUGCAGCUCCCACAUCAUUGCGGUUUCUCUUUUCUUUGGGUCAGGGGCAUUCAUGUAUCUCAAACCUUCUUCCCUUUUACCUAUGAACCAGGGCAAAGUGUCUUCGUUGUUUUAUACCAUCGUGGUGCCUAUGCUCAACCCGCUCAUCUAUAGCCUGAGGAAUAAGGAUGUUAAAAUGGCUCUGAAGAAAACCUUGAGUAAAGGUUCAUUCUCCAGAGAAAGGGGCAAUUCUUAGG